AUGGCGACAUAUUUGAAGCGAACGUCAAAAUUGUUUGAUAUUUCUUUGACACAAUCAUCAGUAGACCUUAGUCUUCGAGAUUUAAUAUGUCCAGUGUGCCGCAGCAUCCUGAUUGAACCAGUAACAUUACCGUGCACACACAAUCUUUGUUUAAAAUGUUUGAAAGGUACUUUCGAGCAUAAUAGCUUGAGUUGUCCUCUUUGUAGAGUACGAGUCGGUUCUUGGCUACGUACAGCAACCAAGACCGAAACAUUAGUUAAUAGCGGUCUUUGGGAACUAAUUCAAACUAAAUUUUCCAAAGAAGUUGAAAAUAAAUACAACGGUGACGACAAAAAUAUUGAAUUGGAUGCUGACUUCGCUGGUGCUAAUAAAAUACUUAGUGCAGCUGGAGAAAUUCGACGGGAAUAUGAAGUCCAACUUCAAAUGGCCAAGGAAGAAAUGCGAUGUCAAAGAAAAGCUGAACAGAUAGCCAGCGAGGCUUUAAUUCGCAAGAUUCAAGAGGAGGAGCAACAGCAACAAUUAGCUCAGUUAACACAAGAUCAGUUUUUUGCUAAAUCUAUAAUGAAAAAGCAAAUUGUUGAAAAACAGGAAGAUACAUCUAAAUAUAACAACUCCUUUAAUGCAUCUAAUAGUUCCUUUCACACUUCAAAAUUUAAUGUUGCCACUAUGACUGAAGUGAAUUCAUGUAAAGUGGAACCUCAUAGUUCAAAAUAUGAAAAAUCAGCUCUUCUGCAACCCUACGAAGGUUCAGGAUUAAGGAGGUCAAAUAUUGCACUAAUAUCUAAAAUUCGUGCAGAAAGACAUGCCUCUAGUGCAAAAAACAGUGCAGACUUGUCUAAUGCAUAUAAUGAUUCUGCAAGUAAAUUUUGUUGUCAAAAUCCAAUGCCUGUAUAUAAUGCUAUUUCGAGGACACUAAAGCAUCAAACGUCAACAAAAGUAAUAGAACCUUGUGUCUCGAAUUGUUCCUUGGAACCUAGAAUGUCCUCUUCAAAAAUAUAUGGCACUCAAAGCAAAGAAGAGUUGCGUAUACCGAAUGACAUUGUGAACAGUAAAAAGAAAAGUUUGGGAGUGGAAGUGUGUAUAUCUUCGGGAGACGACGACGAAAGAACGGGAAGUGCAGAAAGUGCCGGCAGUCAUGAUAGCAUCAAUCAAGAAAUUCAUCACUUUAAGCCUAUCAAAGCUAUGCCAAGAACACCAUUAAAAAUAUCUACAGAUGGCAGACAAAUAGAUCCGAAAUUAAUUAGAGUUGUUCCUGUCCUUAAAAGGAUAUCUAAUGUUGUACCUAAACCUCCAUCUCAAACUCAUUUAAAACGAAUUAUUGGAUGUUCCUGGAGUGCAUUUCGAGGAAAAACCAAGCAAAGUUCCAAAGAGAAAGAAGUAUGUAAGGAAGAGAUUGAACAGAGACCAUCAACAUCUUGUAAUCAAUCACAAAUUAUUUCCAGCAAAGUUACAAAAUUUCAAGCUCAUGACAGCAUUCGGAAGCUUGAUUUCGUUUCAGAAGUACCAUUUAAUUCUAAUAAAAAUUACGCUAAAAAUGCGAAUAAAAUAAUUAAUGGCACUAAAAUCAAUAAAAAGUUAAUAUUAGAGGAGCAUAGAGAUAUUAGAAAGGUACAAAAAUCUUGGAAAUCUCAUAUUAGAAACGGUAUGAUAUGUAAAUCUAAACAACAAAGAACUUUAUGGACUAAAAAAGAUAUUAAGACUGUAACAAAUGCGAAAUAUGUGAAUGAUAUCGAAAUGAGAAAUUUAACUUCGUCGUCCAUGUCUAUAAAAGUGAAUUCACCUUGCGGUGAAGAAUCGGAAGUACAAGAAGAGGAUGAGAUAACGACAGAAAAUAUUGCAGAAAGAAUAAAGAAGAGGAAAAUAAAUACGGACAAAAGAAAUUCAAAUAGAGUAUCACCUUUAAAUAUUGAUUUAGAAACAAUCACGAAAAGAAGCACGAGAAAGAGAGUAUGCAGGCAGGAGGACCUUGACUAUAAAAUGACAGAUGAAGUUCCUGUUGCAGUGCAGAAGAAAAGUAGAACUAAGUUUACUAGAACUGCUUUACCGAAGUCGAAGCAGCAAAGAGUACGUUCAGCAAAACAGCCUGGUGCAGAAAGUUGCGAACAGAGUGAUGUCUCCAUAAGGUUGAAUUGCCAGAUUAGUAAUUCUGGUUUGAGAAAAACAACCCGAAAGAUAAGAUACACAAACAGUUCUAUAAAUAGUGAGCCAGAUGUAACGUACGAGAAGCAGGACGGUAACAAUUACAAUUCAUCUAAAUCUUGCAACGAAAUGCAAGAGUGUAUAUCAUCAGAGAAUAAUAACGCUACCGGAACAAGUACAAUCGUGGAGAAAAAUGUUCUCUCAGACGAAGAAAUUAUUAAAGAACAGGAACGAAUGGAGAGGUUAGUUAUACAAGAGAAAGAAGAUUUCGAACUGGCGCGAAGAUUGCAAGCAAAGUUUGACGAGAUGGAAAGAAUAGCUGGCCGAACCAGACGAUCAAAGAAGGCGAUCGAAAGUGAAACGAUCGAAUUAGACUUGUACAAAAUCGAUGCCGGGAGAAAUGUACAAAAAGCAAUGAAUAUGCAUACUGCCAAAUCAUCGAUUCUCAAUCAUACUAUAAACACUGAAGCUAAGAAACGUGGUAGACCUCCGAAGCGUGUAAAAUAAAAUGAUCUACCUACACGGGUCGUUAUGCCUACGAACUGCGAACCUUCCAAAUGGAUGUUCCUAUAAAUUAUAAAAGAAAGGUUUGAAUUUCACCUUGUACAAUAUUUUACUUAUCUUAAUCGAAUUAUUUGCGUGGCUUGAUAUGCGUACCUGGAUAUAUUAGUGCGGCCGUAAACAAGAACGAAAGAUUUUAAUGCGUUUAGGAGGGUGUUUAACGAAUGUAUAUAAUCGUGUUUCGUAAUAUUUUUUAUUUACAUUCGACGUUAGUAAUUGACGUACUAUCUCAAAUUACCGCAAGAUGAUGAACCUUUUUCGAAAGCAAAGUCUGUUCUACAUGCAAAUUUUUUCUCGAACACUUUUAUUCUCUAGCCCCUUUAAACUGUAUGAUAAUUCAUGAAAGAUAAAUUCGACUUAUGUAUAUAUAUAUAUUACACACACGCGCAAACACACACGCACACAGACACACAAA